CCCCUCCCCGCGGUGGUAGCAGGAACUAAUUCCCCUUCGGGUCACCCGGGACCUAAAGGUGGAAAUCUCACGACUUAGGGUUCCCUGUCACCCUUGGAAUAGGGGUCAAGCACCCCAAGUUAGAAACACCUCGCCAGCUCAAAAGUAGGGUUCGAUUUAAACCAGGGCUCUGGCCCCUUGACCUCAGCCAGGCCCCGCCCCUUCCUGGUUGUCUUAGCGACGGCGGUGGCGUCCCAAGAUGGCGUCGUGGCUGCCGGAGACUCUGUUCGAAAUUGUAGGACAAGGCCCGGCGCCAAGCAAAGACUAUUACCAGUUGCUGAUCACCCGGUCCCAGGUAAUCUUUAGAUGGUGGAAGAUCUCUCUGAGGAGUGAAUAUCGAUCAGCAAAACCUGGAGAAACAAAAGAAACUCAUGAAAACUUCCUGGAGAAUUCACACCUUCAGGUCCAAAUUGCGUUAAUAUUUGGUGCGAAGAUAUUAGACUAUGUCUUCAAUUUAUGUGAAGGUAAAUUUGACUUCCUUGAGCGGCUCUCAGACAGUUUGCUCCUGAAUAUCAUUUCGUAUCUGGAUCUCGAAGACAUUGCCAGGCUUUCUCAAACAUCACGAAGAUUUGCCAAGCUGUGCACGUCGGACAAACUGUGGGAGCAGAUAGUCCAGUCGGCCUGUGACCACAUCACCCCGGACAUGAGGGCCUUGGCCGAGGACAUGGGCUGGAGACAAAUGUUCUUCACCAACAAGCUGCAGCUCCAGCGGCAUCUGCGCAAGAGGAAACAGCGCCACGGAAGCCAGAGGAGCAGUCAGCCUUAGGGACAAGCGUUCUUGCCCGCAGGGGAGUUGAGGCACGGCUGUGUUUUCCUUCUCUGUCCAAACCUCUGUGGCUUCCUUUGAUUAAGAACUAAGGUUUUACUGCUUCAAGGAGCCAGAGGGUAUUUGCACAGCCAGCAACCGCCUCUGCUGUGCCUGGCCUGAACCAGGGUCCCCCCGCCAAGCGUGAGGGCCCAGUUGUGGCCCCAGCACAAGGGCUGCAGGACCCAAAGCCCCCACGGCCUGCCCCCCAUAAGAAAAGAGGCUUCUGCUGCAUAGAAACAAUAAAUGAUUAUUAGCAAGUGUUCCUGA